UUUAGUAGAUAAUUUUUUAUAUUCAAAUUUAAUUUCUUCGCUGUAGAUUGAAAAUGUCGAAUCAAACCUUCUCUCGCAGCGUAGAAGGUCGCAGUCAGACUGCCUUACCCGAAAUUGGCAAGCUCCGCUUGUCGGAAGUGACUGAUGCUCCCUUUAUCUUCAAGCUUGUGAAUGAGCAAAUGGCGAAAACCUUCCGAGUAAAUGAUCCCGAACAAAUUGUUUAUCUUAUUGAGAAUUCAGUGCUAGCAAUAACCCAGUUUAAUGAGUUGGGAGAUAUAAUUGGGUUCAUAUCAGCGCGGGAGUAUCCCUUGAUACCUUCAGUACAUCCUUCUGCAUGGGAAGAAUAUGUUUGGGCAAAGUACAAGGCAAUAGAUAUGAACGGAAGAAACACAUUAUUUCUUCAUUUACUGUGUUGGAAGAUUGACUACUCUAGAGAGGUUGUCGACAACAUGCUAAAGUCUAUUUUCAUGCACGAUCCUUACGUCCAAUACAUAGCUUUUAUAAAAACCGUCGUUGGAUGUUUGCAGUUAGUACCAGGAUCAUCGCGACCAGAAGGAUCGUUUCAUCGUAUGCAGGCUACGGCGCGAGGCAUACCAGGUGAAAGGUUACCUGGAAUGUACGUCGCUGACCGCAAGGAGGUCAGUCCACGUCUACGUGUGCGCCGCGCUGUCGAAGAGGACAAUGACGACAUAGUGCCGAUCAUAGACCGCCACUCGACCCGACUGCGUGAGCUCUACGGCGAUUACUACGUCAGCGAGUUGAUAUCAAGGCAUCCGGAAUCCGAGCGCACUCUACUUGUUUGUGAAUAUAAAGAAGUGGCCGUUGGAGUAAUAUCUCUGAACACAGAAAUAAAUUUCGAGGCGUUGGAGGAGAGUUACGACUUGUCGCCUUUUGCGGGCUUGCGUCAUACUGAUUCCGAAUUUUCUAAGUCGCCUAAAGAUACGGAGUCGCUCGUGGAUCCGGGAUCAACAACGGAGUCCUGCUAUUAUUUGGAGACUCUUGACUGGCCGUCAAAGGAAGAAGUAGAAAAAGAAGAGAGUGACAACGUUACAAUUCUCAAAGAAAGGUCUUCUUCGGCGUCGUCAGCGUACUACUCCAACAUCGUGUACAUUGACUGGAUUAAUGAAGAAGAGGAAAUCGAAUUUGACAUAAUAAAUAUCGACUCUGACCUUUUAAGGCUGCCGCCGGACUUUUUUUCGAGAAGAAUUAAGAAACCCUGGAUUACUACAGGUUUGCUCAAGUGCAUGAAGCACCGCGAUAAACUACAUGUGAAACAAAGGAAAAACCCUAGUGAUGAAGUUUUAGAAAGGAUAUACAAAAGUUCCCUGCCUCGUAAAAUACUGAAUAUGCGGAAUACUCCACCACAGGAUCCCCCUCUUGGUCUUUCUCCCCACUCAUUCGGUCUUCCCAAGAGGAACCAGGAAAUCGAAACUAUAAUUCUAAAUCUUAAGCCUGGCAGUGCGGUGGGAAUUGAUGAUGAUACUGCCCUGCUCUUUAGUUCUGACACUUGGGAAGGUGCAUUCAGCUCGGCGCAAAAGGGUCUUAAUACUGUUGUAGAAUGCCCCGGGAAUGUUUUUUACAAAAACCUAACAGAUAGCAGAACCGAAACGGUGGAGAUACUUGAUGAAUCAAAAAUAUUUUAUCCAAAGAAGGAGACAAAGAAACCUGCGAUAGGAAUGGGCAAACCUGAUAAUGUAACUCGUUACACCGGCUCGUCUAACGCAAUUCUUUUGGAGUUAUUUGCUAUGGACCCUGAAAUGGAUGAAAGAUACGGUUUUGAUAUGCUCGAAGUUGCUUUCGAGCUGUUUCCAGAUAAAAAUUACCUCAUUUUGUGUCUACCCUCACGUCAGCCGCCAUACCCUCUUUUGGAGCAUUUUACUCUUGUGGCUCCACUUAGCGGUAGAACAAGAUUUAUCAACGAAUCUUUGUACGUAGCGCACGUUAACUCCGUUACAGGAAGAAUGCGUGUGCGACCGGGUGAGACAUAUGAUAUAAACGGCAUGGGAAGCAUAGUGGAUCACGCAUGUCGCAGGGAUGUCAUCUUGGACUUAUUCGACAACUCCCUGCGCAUGCGCAAUCUUGAAUCGUUCGUGUUUCUCUGUGAGAAUGUACCUGUUGGCGUCGCUAUCAUAGGACCGCUAGAAAAUGGUCCAGCAAUUCGAACGCAGUAUGACUUACAGCCUGAACCGAGAUGGCCGAAUACCGAUGGCAUCGUUUUAGCUGGAGUGCUUUCGCCAGUAAUGGAGCCCCACACUCGCUGGUUUUUUCGGGAAAUUAUGAGGAGAACCCGUUACACUACUCUUUUCUGGCGUGUUCAAACGUUCGCGAAGGGAGAAUCGGCUCCAUCGCGUAAUUUGAUGUCGUUAACGGAGCGUAUGGUGCCCGUUCGUCCUCGGCGUCUGAUGCCAAAUAUGACUGGCAGUAAGCGACUGGAUAAAAUAUUCAAAGACGUAGAGUCUCCGUUUGCUCUAUGGAUAAUUGAGCGGCCAAUGACAACCCUGCCCAAGGUGAAUGUAAACAACAGCAUUGUCAUCGUCGGCGCUAGCCGCACGGGACUCGCUUUCUUGGAGACUUUGAUUAUGGGGCCGGCAGCAAAAUACCUAACAUUCACAAAUAUAACACUGGUAUCAGACUACGGUCUGCCAAUGGUGAGUGAAUAUUUGAAAGCUGCAGAAACAAGUCUGCCGAGAGAGGGACGGUAUACCGAUCAGUAUCUUCGAAGGCUUCCUUUCAGCUUCUACGCUGAUAUUAUGGUUGCAUCCUUAGUCAAGAUUGACAGGAAAAAAAGAUGCCUUCAUUUCAGGGGAGGAGGAAUAAAGUAUUACGAUGAAUUAGUGUUAUGUGUUGGCAAGCAGUUUCAGCAUCCAGAAUAUCUUAAAGAGUCGCUUAUGCUUGCCAAUGAAAUAAAAAAAGGUAAACCCUGCGAUCGUAUGCUGAUGGACAAUCCGAAGUACCAGCCGGAUAAGGUUCCAAACCCGUCUGAGCUGCCGGUCAACAUGAUGCUAGUCAACAGCUUGAGCCAAGCUAAUAUGAGCUUUAACAAGCUCUUGCACAUGAUUUCAGAAAAAAAAGACGAUCUAAACUCGGAGAACCCAGUGGUAGUAUAUGGCGACUGCAUCGAAGCAUAUUGCUGCAUGGCGGCGCUAUUGGAGCUUGGAGUCAUGAGUUGGGAGAUCGUAUUUGUUGAACCAUUCCCGUCGGAUGAUGUUAAUAAAAUGAGAAUCAACUGCUUCAAUGAUGAAGAUGUAGACGAAAGAGUGCAAGAGAGCCUAGACAUUCUCGGGAUCCGUGUUUAUAGAAAGUACCGACUCUCUAAGUGGACGUGUUUAAACGAACGCAUAUAUUCCCUACGGCUGAUGUCCCUGACGCAUUGUAUUAACUUACCUUGCUUUGCGCUAUUUUAUUUCGGAUUGAAGGCUAUUAAUAUUCACGCAUUCAAAGCUAUAAACGAAUGCGGUUUAGUGUACGAUGGGGGGCUAGUGGUAGGUCCACAUUUUGAAACAAACGAUCCUCAUAUAUACGGCGCUGGCACAUGCACGCAGUACUCGAGAAAGUUGUACGCGUCACGUUACAAGCAUCGAUAUUUUAGCUCGGAGGACGUAGGCGGGGCGCUAGCCCAACUGUUCCUGCGUCACUUCGAUCCCUUCGUUGUAAUGAAUCCGGAUUUUGCACCAUGUCCUUCGGAACUAUUGCCGAGAUACGAUUCAACUAUGUUGCGUAAUUUUUCACAUUCGAGUAUACCAGAAGGGCUACGAGUAGAUAUGAGUUCGUCCAGAGAAUGGAAACCUGUAAUGAAAUUCGAAUCACCCAUAUUGAUUGCGGGGACUUUUCCGGGUCCUUUGUACUAUAUGAAGUUGAGGAAACCUGGUCGAGAUGUGCCCAUGGAAGUUCAGAAGAAUUUGCCACAUCAGGUACCUACUGUUAAAUCAUAG